CCCCAGGCCCUGAAGUCUCUUUUGAUUGCCCUUGGACUAUGUGCUGCAGCUUCAUUGCCACCCGCCUGGAAGAGCAGUAGUGGGUAACAGUCUGAAGCUGAACCCGGCUGGGAAGUUUCCUAGUGCUUAAUCUCAGCCCCAGGGAGGCAGCAGACUUCCCCUAAGAGGACCGUCUGUGUGGCAUAUUGGAUCCUCAGAAAGGAGUCACCUGCAACUCUAACCCAUCUUUCUCAUGGAGGUGGACGUGGUCUGUGGGUGUCACAGCCAGGGCAACACCUAUGGUGUAGAUGGACUAACAUCCAUAUCAUCCUUUGCCUGGCCUUCCAUGUGAGAGCUUCGUACCUGCUCUACAGAGGCAUGUGGGGAAGCAAGGUGGGCAAGGAGGGGGUUUGCCUCCACCCCCUCCUUUUCUUUAAGUUACUGUCUUCACCUGCCAAGGGAGGAUACAGGAUCCCCUUGAACCUGUGUAUUUUGGGGUGGCAUGUUCCUGUCAGGGAGGGCAGAGCCUGGUUCCACCAGUCUUUCUCAGACUCCCUUAUACCCCUUAACCUUUCUAUGUUCUCUCAUAGCUGAGCCCCGAGGGUGGGCAGAUCUUGGCUGCACCAAACGUGGCUGUUCUCACCACUGCCAUCCUUCCCAGUGAAAGGCUCUGGCACUCCCUGCACCCAGCAGCCUGGAUGGCUGUGUGUUUUCAUGGGAGCUCUGUCUGAGUGGCCACGUCCACUCUAGCAAGCACAGAAGAUGUGGUUUCUGCUGGUUGGAUGUCACAGCCUGAGCUCCUUCUGAGAGGGUGAGGGACAGCAGCUGAACUUGAGCUGGCAGGGUGACAGUGCCCAUGCCGUGUGCCAGCACCGUGCUCUGCCCAUGCUGCCUGUGGUGCUCCCUGGGCUGGCUGUAUGUGAGUGCAGAGGUGGCUGCCAGGCAAAAAUCGGCCACUCCGCUGUGGAUAGGGCUAGCUCCAGAGCCAGAUAUUUUCUUCCGUGUGUGCCUGUGUUUUCUGAUGUCCAGGUUGGUGUGGCCUCAAAGCCAGGUGGUCUCCUGGGGCAGCAGCUCUUCCGUACAUGUGGCCACAUGGAAAAUCACACUAUGAAAAGCCAGUGUCCAUAAAGGAGAGAGAGGAGUCCUGCAACUUCAUUCAAAUAAAGGGAGAGAGUCCACUGGGACACCUGCCCGCAGGAUUUUCUCUCUUGAGGUUUCAGAGAGCACAGCCUCCACUUAUCCUAAGCUCCCGGCUGCAUGUUGCCCUCUUCGCUUCCCUGUUGGCUGAGGUACUAGGAAGGUACAGCCUUCCCCAGUCACCUACAACAUAUUCCCCCCUUGAACCUGUCAUUUUCCCCCAAAGUUCAGAAACCAGCUUGUAUAGACCCAUUUCUCUGUUUCAGGAGUCAAACUCUUUGGGUUCUAUAACAAACCUGUGGCUUGAAAUGGGUAGAAACAUUAAGACCCCUUUCAAAGACGUUAACACGCAUAUUAGCACACAUCUUUCCUAGCAUAGCUAAUCCCUCCCUGUGUGACCCCUGCUCCCGUCAGAGGAGCCUUGAAGGGCCCGAGCCCCUGCCCGGCGCCUCCCUCUAUCCCGAGCUGCCGGGGGUCGGGGGGCCCGGGCACGUCCUGAGGUGCGGCUCCUUGAGCAGGGCGGGCGCCGUGUGGGGGUCUGCGUGCAGGCCACGGACCUUUUUUAAUGACAUCUUUAGAGAAUAACCAUCACCUCGAGCUGCGUGGAAGCCCCAGUAAAAAUGUCUCUAACACGAGUUGGCUGCCUUUUCUUACGCGGCCGGGCUGGGGGCAGAAUAGUGGCGGGGCGGGCCUACAGUUCCCGGCACGCCGCGGGGCCGGAACUGCCCGUCCUGGUGCGUCCUGGACCAGCGGUGUUGCGGGUGCUGGUCCCGGCCGUGCCGGCUCCGAUGGCGGCGGUGCCGCCGCCGGUCUACAUAUACAGCCCGGAGCCAGCAUGGUGCAUUCAUUGAUUGAAGCGUAUUGCUUACUUGACCAGAUGAAGAUAGUCAAGCCAAAAGUGGCCUCCAUGGAGGAAAUGGCAAGUUUCCACACAGAUGCUUACCUGCAGCACCUGCAGAAGGUCAGUGAGGAGGGGGAUGAUGACCACCCGGAGUCUGUGGAGUAUGGACUGGGUUACGACUGUCCAGCCACUGAAGGGAUCUUUGAGUAUGCGGCAGCUGUGGGAGGAGCCACCAUCACUGCAGCCCAGUGCCUGCUGGACGGCAAGUGCAAGGUAGCAAUUAACUGGCCUGGAGGGUGGCAUCAUGCAAAGAAGGAUGAAGCUUCUGGCUUCUGUUACCUGAAUGAUGCUGUCUUGGGGAUCCUGCGGCUGCGCCAGAGAUUUGACCGUGUCCUUUAUAUCGAUUUGGAUUUGCAUCAUGGGGAUGGAGUUGAGGAUGCCUUUAGUUUCACCUCGAAAGUCAUGACUGUUUCUCUGCACAAAUUUUCACCAGGAUUUUUCCCAGGCACCGGUGAUGUGACAGAUGUUGGCCUGGGAAAAGGUCGCUAUUACAGUGUGAACGUGCCCAUUCAAGAUGGCAUUCAGGAUGAGAAAUAUUACCAGAUCUGUGAAUCAGUGCUGAAGGAGGUGUAUGCUGCCUUCAACCCGGAUGCAGUUGUGCUGCAGCUGGGGGCGGACACCAUUGCUGGAGACCCCAUGUGCUCUUUCAACAUGACACCUGAGGGAGUGGGCAAGUGUCUCAAGUAUGUCCUGCAGUGGCAGCUAGCAACUCUUGUCCUGGGAGGAGGAGGUUACAACCUUGCCAACACAGCUCGCUGCUGGACAUACUUGACUGGGGUCAUCCUUGGGAGAACACUGUCCUCUGAGAUCCCUGAUCAUGAGUUCUUCACAGAGUACGGUCCUGAUUACGUGUUGGAGAUCACACCAAGCUGCAGACCAGACCGCAAUGAGCCACAGAGAAUUCAAGAAAUUCUGAGCUCUAUCAAAGGGAAUCUGAAGCACGUUGUUUAGCAGAAAAGGAAGGCUCAGGCAAGAGCAUUUCCUAUGGGGAAGACAGCAUAUUUAUGUGAACAACUGGUGAAAUCUGUGGCUGCAGGGAAAAUUUGGAAGAAAUUACUGUUGGUUGGUUGGUUAAUUUUUUUUCUCUUUAAAGAAGAAAAGCUGCUGCAUGCCACGAGCACUGUGGCUCUCCCCAGGCAGGAGUAUGGGCCCUCCAGCCACAGCCUUCCAGUGCUGGCAGAGCCUUCCUUGCUCCUUUCUCUUUCCUUUUUUAACACCACAGUUUGUUCACACAAUUGGUUUUAAAUGUGUUUUAAGAGAGGGGCUGCUCAGAGCUGUGAGCCCUCCCCAGCUGGAGCCCAGUGCUGCAUUCCCUUCCUGGCAGGGGCACAGCCUCAGAGCUGCCCACUCAGGAAGUAGAGCCUGAGAGCUACCCUGAGGCAUACAGGUUGUGUCUCUUAUCCACAGAAAGGCACAGCCAUUGUGUUUUUAACUGGGAGUUCUUAAAAAAUAAAAUGUUUUAAAUACUC